AUGGGCGCCAUGCCAAUGACCGUGCUCUACCCGCAGUCGUACCUGCCCCACAGCGCGGUUCCCUGUCCCGCUCCAGGCUACGAGAGCAUGUUUGGCGGCUACGGCGCUGCGCCGGUGAUGAUGAUGGUCGCUGGAAACGCACCGUACCCAGUCAACGCACACUUUGGUCGUUCAGUCACACCAAUGUACUUUGCGAUGGAUCCGGUCAACAGUGCGGCACCGAUGGCAGUCGCGGCCGAUGCCGCCUCAGCUUGUGCCACGCCGAAAGCGAAGCUCGCGCACUCUGGCAGUGGGAACUCCCUCUCAACGCAGUCUUGCUACUCCGGGGGUGAGACACCGUCGCUUCUGAGCCGCAGCGCGGCCUCCAGCACCGCCAAGCAGCGCCUGCACCACGACGUCAACGUCUGGGGCUUCGCUCUCGUCGACCAACUCCACCCGUCAUUGCAGCGAAUUCCAGUACCGCUGUCGUGCUUGCACGAGCCGACAAUGGGCAUCAGUCUGUACGAUAACGACGUGAUGUCCAGCAGCACUCGCCCAUGCAAAAGCUCUGUGUGUCUCCUUCACGCGCAAGGCCUUGGCUGCGCAGAGGGCGCCCAGUGCCGUUGCUUUCACGUCUCCAACGCGUACCUGAUGCAGUGCCGCGCCACAUCGGAGUCGCUCUGCUGCGCAUUGCACAACUGCUACUAUUCGCAGGAGAUGCUCAGCGCCAACUGCGCUCCUCAUGUAUCCGGUCGCUGCUACGCACUGAGCCUCGACGAUCCCUCGAAGUUCCCCCAGGAUGGUGAGAAGCCCUACCUCAUCGACCUCUCCUUGCUGAACCUCAGCCUCACAGUGGGGCUGGAGACGCUGCCCUGCGUGAAUGGCGUGUACGUUGUCUCCUGGAAGAAGCAUGUAUGCCGCCUCAACAUGGAUGGGCUUUGUAAGUGGACCAAGGACUGCGGCCACAUUCACGUGUGCCGCCAGCUGACAAAGUUUCUGCAGGACGCUGAAACGCUCUCCAUUGUGAAGACGCUGCAGGAGAAGACAACGUCGAAGAGUUCCGCGGAGCUCUACCGUGACAUCAUCCUCAGCGAGAACACGCUGCGCUACGUGCGUUCUGCGGCCGCUCUUUCCCUUGUCGCCGCGCUGCUCGAAGCGGGAGAUGUGGAGGCGCUCAAGGCGCUGGCGAGGGCCAAGUGCGCCUUGUUGCCAUCCCAGAGCAAGGUACUGCAGAAACUCGGAAUCGCCCUGAGCGGCAGCGACUCGACUCGCAGUGUCACCGUGAGUCCGAAACUCCUCGUUCUGCUCACCCCUAAGGCCACCGAUUAG